UCUUGUUGUGUUUAUUUUGAAUUUAUGAAUUUUUUGGGUUGUGGGUACUUCCCAAAGCCGGUACAGGCCGGUUGAUUGGUCAAUGUGUUAAUGGAAAUAAAUACCUCUGAAGGAGUAAAUUUCUUGCUGAUUCUAAAUUAGGUGCUUUUUGUUAGUUGUUUUUUUGGUUACAAAAGAGCGCGCGUGAGUCUUACCUAAAAAAUGUCGCGAGAGAGAAAAUAAAAGCAUAAAAUCAUAUGUUUUUGGGCGCGUUUUUUCCUUUCAUUCUGGAAUGGGAAUGGUUGGUAGAGAAUGUUCAGAAUGGCAUUCGAGUCAUCCUGCUACAUUAAGCAGAAUGGGUGAAAUGGCCUUUAUUCCAUUCCGGAAUGGGAACGCGAGAUAAACGAACGCGCGCUUUUUCUAUUCUAAUCAUUCUCAUUCCGGAAUCACGAGUAAAAAAACGCGCCCUUACUUACCCAUAAUGGACAUUUUGUUAUUAAAACCUAGUACGCUGCGAAUUUCCCGGUGUCACGUUUCUGCCCUUCGGGGUUUAUUAUGGCACCAGACCAAUUGAUUACGAUUAUUCGUUUUUAUAUCCCAGUGAUGAAUUUUUACGCGCGCUUAUUGGUCAAUACAGGUCACAUAACGUCCAGCCAAAGUGAUAUCUGUCCUGUGAACAUUUUUGUGCAUUCAAAACUCAAUUUUCGUCUGCUCAAUAACUCCUCAAACAAACACCAAGGUUUUCAAAACGCUAUGAAGACACAGAAAGAAAGUUUGAUUUUUUUAUAGAAUUAUCAUCAAUAUGUUUUUGAGAAUUAAUCCUGAAACGCGAAAGGAAAAGCAUCAGCGUCAGCGCGUGCGCAGAAGACAUUUCAAAAUUGAAAACGUUUGCUUCAAUUUCUAUUCCAGCUCUCGGCAGAACAAUAAGAAAACAUUCUCGGUAAAAAUCCAUCAGUUGAAAUGCAAGUUUUGAGCUUGUAGUUUUUGUUCUAAUGGAAAAAAUUGUUGCAUGGAUGCGAAUGGCAAAAAUAACAGCGCGCGCUCUUGGCGUCAUUCUGGUGCACGUCGGCGCGGGCAGAAGACACUUUUCGGAUUUUCAGUGUAGUAACUGAGAUAUGAAAUAAAUAAACCCCUUCUUUGGCUUACUGGGAUAUCGGUGGAUAAUGUCCGCCAAUGAGAAAUGGUCCUUAAAAUUUCACAGUUGCCCUCGAGGCUUCGUUUCUCGGCCAACUGUUCGUUUUUCGCACCAUUUCUCAUCCUUGGACAUUAUCCGCCGAUAUCCCAGCCGCCAGAAGGGUUUUAUUUACUAAAUACCUAGAUCUGGCUGAUAUGAUAUUGUUCAGUUGGACCUCGGUAUCUGUUAACUUUCGUUUUCUUGAAUAAGAUGUUGUGAAAUUGAGUUAAUAGACCGUUGAUUUGUCUAGAAAAAUUUGUUUUUGAUUUUACUAAUUUGUUUUUCAUAUUUCUAUCUAUUGUUUAAUCCGGUCUAGCAAAACCUGUGAAAUGUUUGCGCCUUAUUAUUUGUUAUAUGACCGAAAGGAAGUUGUUGCGAGUUUAUUGAAAUUGUUCGCCAUUUCCAAACUCCAUUUCCUUCUUUGUAUAGUCGAUCUGUUUCUCUGAUGCAAAACGCAACGCAGUGCUUUUUUUAAGCACCCUUCCACCAAACAUACUAUAUUGAGUUUUGAAAACUCAAAUUUCUCAAUUCAUUAUCACGUCAGGAUUCCAAUAUGUUCUGAGUGCGCUAUUAAUUUCAACUUAAACCCUAAAAGUUAAUGAAAUCUAGACUUCAAUUUUGGGUGAGACAUUCACUGACUAGCCAAUUCCGGUUUUUUGCUUGAAAUCUACCUUAAUGAGCCCGUUUGAAGGAAAUGAACAGCGAUUAAAAAUCACGCUUUUUAAUCUCGUGAACAUAGUUUUAUUUCAUUUUCUGAUGUGAAUGAACACAUUUUAGUUUUCGGAGGCUUUUUGGUACAAUUACGUCACCUGCGCUGCGAAAAGCCAUUUUGAUGUUUACGUAUUGUGACGAGCUUAUUUCACUGUCGCUAUCUUUUAUUACACGGAACCCAGUUUAGUGCCUACUGCGCCUUAGUGAUUGACAAACAGUAAGGCCGCAAGCCAUUUGAGUGUUUAGCCGGCAAAACACAUAAAGCAUAAUGACCGCAGUGUAUAAAUUAAGUGGGUUUCAAAACAACCUAAUGAUAAAAAGACCAAUUCAUCGCUGGGUCCCCGUCUUUUCAGGCCAAUCAACAUCUGGCUUUUUUAACAGUAAAACCCAUUUAGAUGUUGAGCGUUCUACUGGCAUCAUCAACACUACCAGUUGAGAGAAACCAUUUCAACGCCAAGAACCCAUUUGAGUGUAGAGCAUCCAAUAGGCCACCUCGACACCAGCAUCCAUUUCACAUUACGCAAACAUCAAGUUGAAUAUUUUGGGGUGUCGAGAUCUGCGGUUGCGAAACUCUUUUUUUUCGUUGACUGAAGAACAAAUUCUAUCGCUGCAGUAAUGUCCUGGCGAUUCUAUCAUUUGUGGUUUUUAUUUCUGAUCUGUUUGGUUGGCCUUUGUGACUUAAAGCUUGCGCCAGUUGAUGUCAAGAAAUCAGAUCGGGCUAUCACGGGCGAAAGAAGAAAUGAGGAAAAAUGGAAAGAUAAAAACGAGAGACAUAAGGACCAAGGAAUUGCCACAAGAGUUAGAGCAAUGGAAUCUCCAGUUUUAAGAAGAAGUGGAAUUACCAAAACGACGAGUUUUUAUCCCGUGGUAAAAGAUACAGCAAAGCUUUACCACCGACAUAAAUCUAGCACUAAUGGCCCAGCGUUCAGAAGAAGGGAAAGAGCCUUCACGAAAAGGGAAGCUAUUCAAUCAGAUAAUGAGAGACGCAUCGAAAAUGAAUAUGAACUGAAGAGAAUGGAUUCGGUUCGUUUAACAAAUGCUCAGCUAUCUGGUCGAUCAGAGGAAAUUGACCUCUCAGACUUGCUACGAGAGGCGAAAUUUAUAAGAAAACGCCGAGCUAUCGCGGCGUCUGCACAGCUUAACAGUGAAAUAUCGGGGAAUGAUACGAGUGGAUGCGCCGGUUAUGUUUCUUGCCGCGGAAAGUGCUCAGACCGACGGGCGUACCAAGACGACGACUUGCAGAGAUGUUUCUGCGAUGUCUCAUGUGAGUUGCAUGGUGAUUGUUGCGCGGGUUACUACACCGCCUGCAACUCGAGCUCAGGCACUCGCAACUUGGCGAAUGAUAGUAGCAUUUCACAUUACGCCCACACAAACGCCUCGAUUCCGGCUUUCAGAUCCAAGCAUAUGGAAAAGUCCAUUUGGCAGUGUACUGCGUCCGUCAACCGGAAAAUCUGGAUGAUUGCAGAUUGCCCGGAAGCAUGGCCACGUGAUAAAACCUCCGCAAACUGCACUAAAGCUCCUUUCUAUUCUAAUCACCUCACAGCAGAAAGCUACAGCUACGCACUUCCGGUAUUUACCCGCGAUGGUCACGUGUACCGUAACAAGUUCUGCGCCCGUUGCCAUGGUGAUGUCACAGUAGAGCCUUAUGGGAUUGCUUUCGACUGUAGUGUGAUGCCGCCUUCUGAUUACAGCAAAGAGGAACAGCUGAGGUUCCUUCUAGCGUACUGCCACUCUGCCAUAUGGAUACCACUUGAUCGUCAGCCAAGGCGGUAUUGUCCACUUUCCAAGAACUCCUGCCCGUACAACGCCUCGGAGUUCCUUUCCAGGAAGUGCCACUCGGGUGCGACUGGCCUUGUAGUGGGCGCAGCCAACACGACGUACAAGAACCGUUUCUGUGCCGCCUGCAAUGGCGAGCGACACGUCAGCUGCGGCUCAGCGCUUUUCAGCGGAAAACAAAGGGGGCCAUUCGGAAGUAGUGGGUAUCACAAACCAAUUUCUCCACACGGCCUGUCAAGCAAGGACUUCUCCCUCAUUUUCGACUUUGGGGAAAACUCGAGAGCCGAGAAAACCGUCAGCAUAAAUUGCCCGGAACAGACGCCUAUUUUCGAUCCUUAUUUGGAAGAGUGUCGCAAGGGGUUUGUGCCGUCACCCAGACAUGCAGCCUUUGAUAGUUACAAACUUUGUUUCCACAUGAGAAUUGAAGGGUCCGAAACUAUAAGUCUUUCUAAGAAAGAUUUCCUAGAAUUCGGGCAAGUACGCUUUGGAGUUUACCGACCAAUGGUGUCUAAAUUUAGUAUAACUCCAUUAGACGAGCGACAAAUCAAAGUUAAAUUCAUAAUUCGUACAUUAGGUGGUACAAAUUUUAGCAUGAAAUUUGACUUAACUGAACCUAUCCGAUUUAACACGUCCAACAACUCGUACUUGCUUUUUCGAGUUACAAAACGAGUUCUGACUUGCGUCAAACUAGUCGAGUACCACAGAAGCGAGUACACAAUUCUCACAGAUCAGAGUUCAGCUAUAUACAUCAACCAAUCAGGAGAGGUGUUCAAGUCGCAUGACUUCUACUUUGGUAAAGAUGACCGGGUUCUAAUAUGCAAGAGACGGCUGUCACUCCGUAACUAUAGCAACUGCUCAGGGUCCUUCAUCAAGAUUGGACUUGAGGAGUUCACAGUGGACACUAAUGGUUCUAUUGUGGUUCACAGCACGAAGAAUGUCUACCCACCAGGUCGGUUCGUGAUGAGUAAAAAUGGCGUCUUGAUUUGUGUGGACUAUGCGACGUCAUACAGCCGAUCAGUAACCAGGACCUCUCGAACGCUUACCCACGUGACAAACAUCUGCAUGCUCUUGUCAAUCAUCUCCCUGGCGUUCCUCAUCAUCACAUAUACCAUAUUCGACGAGCUACGUACCGCGCCUGGCAUUAAUCUGAUGAACCUCAGUACAGCAACAUUACUGGCUCAGAUUCUGUGGGUUGCGGGAUCCGGCGCCACAGGUAACCCGAGGUUGUGCGCGAUAUUGGCUGCGCUGAUGCAGUAUUUCUUUCUGGCUUGUUUCGUCUGGGCUUCAGUGAUCGCGUUUGACACUUGGAGGGCUUUUUCCGCCGGAAGUCAAAGACUUCAUUUAUCGCAUUCCAAAAACCGGAAGUUGGUCCAUUCCCUUCGUUGCAUGGCAGUUGGUUGGAUCCCUGCAAUCGGUUACAUCGCCAUCUGCCUCGCGCUCGACCAAUCAAAAAUCGUUGCCAUUGGUUACGGUAGUCCUGUCAUCUGCUGGAUCAACGACGGCCGCGCCAAUCUCUACUUCUUCGGGAUUCCCAUCGCGGUAUCCCUGUGUAUCAACGCGGUACUUUACGUGCUUACUGUCAAAGCCAUCCACGCGUCCACAGACCAUGCCUUCCUGCUCAACCAAUCACAGAACCGCCGCCGGUUUGCGAUCUACGUUCGGAUUGGCUCGUUGUUGGGGUUCACGUGGGUGUUCGGGUUCGUUGCAGGGUUCGGCUUGGACUUCCUGUGGUACCCGUUUGUCGUGUUGAAUGGGCUCCAGGGAGUCUACAUCACAGGGGCGUUUGGCUUGAGUAAACGUGCACGGGGGCUAUACCGGGACCUGUUCGGCCGCAGAGGACUGGGAAGAGCCUCGACUGGAUGCCAGAAUACGAAGUCCUCGCUGCUAAACUCCAGGAAAAAGUCAAGCACAACUACAGCCAUGUAAACGAUUUUCUUUUAUGACUAUAUUCAGACGCGUACAUAUGGGUGCGGUGUGUACGGUGCCCCCACAUACCCCCAUUGGCAGCCACGAUUGGGUCAUGUAUCAUUAGAAGACCGUAAAAUACUUCCCUUCUUCUAUAUGAUACUGCCCCCCCCCCCUCCCUAUUCUCUCCCUCACCCCAUUCCCUCCCUCAGCCAAUCCUGGGCACGUGCCUUCACAUUAUUCGCUGCACGGAUCCGCAGGUAGUUUAUAAGUAAUCGAAGCGGACGAUUUAAGGACAUUCAAAUUAUUUAAGAAUUAUAACUCAGAAAAAACGAAAAGUAGUUAUCCAAAACGAUGCAAUUAUCCAAGGAAAAAGGUUGGCAAUAAGAAAGCAAUAUAAAUAACAGUGAUAAAUUAUGAACAUCAAAUAGAAGUUAUCCUUCCUAUUUGGGUGCAGGUAUUACCCUUCAUGAUGAAUCUUAUUUUCUUUACCUGCCAAAGUUUUAGCACAAUGCUCCACAACGAAGUGCUUUCUGUUCCCGUCCUUAUCAGUGUCGUGUUCAAAGUGUGGUUUUCUUGCUGUUUAUGUCUAUUGGCCAUCAUCUCCUCCAUGUGGGAGAUGCUUGAGUGACGGACAUGCGUCAUUCAAUCCUUCUGAAUAGCCACGUCUCUGUCAGCCGCCAUUUUGACAUCCUAGCAAAAUGCCAAGCACUACAAAGCAUCCAUUUCCAUCGGCUGAUUUGGUGAAGCCUUUCUGAAAUUUUGGAUUUAAUAUGGUAGAUUUAGUAUAUAACUUUGUUUUUUUGGUGGUAAUUUCAAGAUGUUAUCACUCUAUUAGUCUUCCAUAUUGAAUAAAACAGUAAUAAAUAUUAAGCUGUAUAGCUGGUAGGGGCUCUUUAGGACCUCGAGAAAUAAAUGAGCGCCUUGGUUUCCUCUGCCUCCUAUAACAGAGACAAUACGCUUUGAUAAUUCAAUAAUGUAAUAAUGUAUGUCAAUGAUGUAAUAAAUAUUAAUGAUAAACGA